AUGAUGGUGACGACCACCACCGCCACUGCCGGAGACCAUUGGGAAGUUCAGUACGCUAGAUUCUUCUACUGUCCUUCUCUCUCCUCAUCCGCCGGCACCGGUGGUCAUCAUCCCUCUCUCAUCCCCCUUGUCAGAAAGCCCAAAGGCUUAUGGAUUUCUUCUUUCACUUCUUUACCCUGCCUCAAACUAAUAACCACCACAACCGACGACUCUCAUGAUUCUCGCUCCAUUAUCCUCACCGUUGAUCUCGUCGACAAAGUCGUCGAAGAGCAUUACAUUUCAAAGCUACAUUUCACCUGGCCUCAGACCUCAUGUUUGUCUGGAUACCCUCCUAGGGGCAGCAAAACAGUAUUCAUGAGUUAUAAAGAUCACAUAGGCCAGAUCCAAAAGUUUGCUGUGCGAUUUCACACAAUUGAUGAGGCUUUGAGAUUUAUAAAUUCUUUGAAGGAAAUCUUUGGACAAAAAAGGAUUGAUGGGUCUAUCUCUGGCAUCUCUAAAUCCAAAUCAUCAUCUCAAUCUCAGUUCUUCUCUUCCCCUCAACCCUUAAAUAGGGGUUUUGUUGCCAGCUUACCACCCUUCCUGUCAAAAUGCCAGAAAAAACAUCAUUUAACUUGUUUGGGCAGACCAACUCAGGACUGGAGUCCAAUAGCAUCUCCUGCUGAUGCUUAUAUCCAACCAGUUCACCCAAGUGAGAACCACGACACCAGCCAAAACUCAAAUCCCCUGAAAGCCACACUUGAUCAAGAUGUUCAAGAAAAGCUCUCAGCCUUUCCUCCUAGUUUCUCAUCAUUAUUGAUGAACUGCUUUCCUGCGGCUGAACAAGCAACACAGCCAACAGUUCCAGACGAAGUCGGUCUCAAAAGGGAAAUCAUGAAAUAUUUGGAAGACUCUUCCUUCCAAGACAUGCUGAGCAAGGUACAGAAGGUCAUAAGUGAAUUUGGAGACGAUCUGUUGUAA